AUGGGCAUCGUGUUUGGUUUGUCAGUACGUGAACAUUCACUGUGGCGACGUGGCAUUCAAAAUGAGUUGAUUGGUCUUGCUCUCUGUGUCUUAUGGGGUUUUAUCAUUGGUCUAUGUACUACAUAUGCUGAAACCAGCUGGGGAAGUUCAACAAGUUUUCCUAAUUCAGAAAUGAAAGGUCGGGGUGAUCUCAAACGUCUUUGGGUAGGUGUUCUGAUUGCCUUGCCGAGUGGUGCUGGUGUUGCAUUAUCUAUUCUUGGUGGAAACACGGGCUCGUUGGUCGGUGUGGCUAUAUCCGGUACGUAA